AAUGCCUAAUUAUUGCACUGUGUGUAGGAACAACUCAAUACAAAACAGCGAGGUGUCUUAUUUUUUAUAUCCGAGGGAUUUGGACAAAGCACGAGAAUGGCUGGAAGUCUGUGACCGUAAGGACCUGCUUGAUAGAUUGGAAUACUUGAAACGAAAAACGCAGAGAAUUAAUUACAAAAUCUGCGAAGACCACUUCGAGAGCAAGUUCAUAAAGUUGUCCGGCAACAAGAAAUGUUUAACUGAAAACGCGUUUCCAACGCUCAACCUCCCCGGAUCAGAGAGCAGCGUUAGAAAAAGAAAUGAAGAAGGCCUUGGUAAAACAGGGAAGAACAAAUAUCAAAAUUCCAGCUUUAAAGACGCUCUGAGUGUCAUAGAGUUCUUCACAAGUUUAGGUCGUAUGGCUCACUCGUUCCCCGAAGACGUGCAAAUCCGAGUCAAAGGGGAGAUAUUUGAAGUUGUCAACCAAGCUGAGAUCGAAGUGCUGCAAAGAAAAAUUAAAUCUAACAACCAAACAGAAGUGCCAACAGCAAUUAAGGACCGGUUAGGCAGUUCAUCACCUGCACCCAGCAAUCCUGUAAAACCGUCUACAAAGUUGAUAGCUCCUCUGGAAGUCAGUCAGUUGCAGAAAUGUAAAAGAUCUGAUGGUAAUACUGAACUCGAAGUUGUAGUUCUAAAAACAGAAGUCAUAGACGAAGAGUACGGAGUAAGAGAGUGCUAAAAUACCUAAUGUUUAUAAGGAGUAAAUUAUCUGGAAAGGCAGAAGUCCAAAGAAACACAGGGCACCAUUGAAAGGUGAUGUAAAUAAAGACCACUUCUCGCCAAAAUGUAGCGUCCUACACGCCCUUCUCGAUGUUCGAUGGAGCGAUUUCACAGGCAGUCGUCAAAUUCUUGAUUGAUCAAGUUCGACAUUUGGUAAUGUGGCUGGAAAGUGGGAGAUCUUGUGGCACUCGACUUCUUUCCAGCAGUGGGCGGUUAUUAGCAGAAAUUAUGAAGAUGAUUGCGGGCAGCGCAGGAUGUGCAAUCGCAGCGUUGUGGAAAUCCUUUGGGAAGGAGUUCCACCAGUCCAGCAGUUGGUUGAAACAAACGAAUUUACGAAG